AUGUCGCGGUCUUCAACAUCAGCCAAACCAGCCCAAGACUUCACAGACAUCCUGUCACAGCAGCAGCUGAAAUCCAUGUCUGAUCUCGACAAAGAAGAAGAAGCGCGGCUGGCAAAGACACAUCGUGCCAAGGCUGUGAAGAUGGGUGUGGGGAUUUGUCGUACCAAGUCGAAGAAUGAGGCUAGGGGAAAGAAGAACGAGGAGGCUAAGUAG